CAGGGUCCUUUUAGAAUUCCACUUCUUAUCGGGUGAUUCUCCGAGCUAGAUUAAAUACUCACGGAUCUAGGGUUUCUCCAUUGCCAGAGUUGCUCUGUAGGUUUUGGAAGCGGGUUGCUCCUUUAUCUCUUCUUCUUGGGUUUUUUUUCAUCCCAAUUCGAGUUUAGUAUCCGGAGAUGCCUCCUCGAGCGGUGAAGAAGGGGUCGGGCGGGGCGGCGUCUGCGAAGAAGACGGCGGCGAGGACGGCGAAGGGGACGCAGAAAACGCAGAGCCAGGCCGAGCCCGUCGAGGAGGUGCCCAAGGUCGAAGAGGCGCUGAAGGUCGAGGAGGUCCCAGUUUCCGUUGAGGAGGAGAAGGAGGAGGUCAAGGUGGAGGAUUUCGCUGAGGAGAAGCCGGAGGAGAAGUCCGUGAUGCCGGAUUCUAAAUUGGACGGCUCUGUUGAUGGUGAAUAUGAAGAGGAUUUGAAGGAUGCUUAUGAGGAAGAGGAUAAAGGUGAACGGCUAGAGUUGGAGUUCAAUGAGACAGAAUAUGAACCUGAAGAAGAUGCCGCUGUAGACUAUGACGAGAAGGAUUUGGAGCAUGAUGAUGGACAAGAAGAGGAAGGGGAUGAAAUUGAGGAGGUUGUUGAGGAAGCUGAUGUGGUUGAAGAAGAAGAGGAAGCUGAUUUGGCAGAUGAGGAGAUGGAGGAUGGUGGAGAGGACAUAGAGGUUGAAGGGGAUGAUGGGGAUGCUGAGGGAGAUCACGAGGUUGAUGGAGAAGAAGAAGAGCACCACGAAGUAGUCAAGGAGCACCGAAAGCGUAAGGAGUUUGAAGUAUUUGUUGGAGGUCUAGAUAAGGAUGCAACUGACGAUGAUCUCAGGAAAGUCUUUAGUGAAGUUGGUGAGGUUACUGAAGUUCGACUUAUGAUGAAUCCUCAGACAAAGAAAAACAAAGGCUUUGCAUUUUUGCGUUUUGCGAACGUAGAGCAAGCUAAACGUGCAGUUUCAGAGCUCAAAAAUCCAGUGGUGCAUGGUAAACAAUGUGGUGUUGCCCCAAGUCAAGACAGUGACACACUUUUUCUGGGCAAUAUAUGUAAAACAUGGACAAGGGAACAUUUGAAGGAGAAACUGAAGAGUUAUGGAAUUGAGAAUGUUGAAGAUUUGACACUGGUUGAAGAUUCAAACAAUGAAGGGAUGAAUCGUGGGUUUGCGUUCUUAGAGUUUUCAUCUCGCUCUGAUGCUAUGGAUGCUUAUAGGCGCUUGCAGAAGAGAGAUGUGGUCUUUGGAGUUGAUCGAACUGCAAAGGUUGCUUUUGCAGAUUCUUUCAUUGAACCGGAUGAUGAAAUCAUGGCACAGGUUAAAACUGUUUUUGUUGAUGGCUUGCCUGCUUCAUGGGAUGAAGAUCGCGUUAAGGAGUACCUCAAGAAAUAUGGAGUAAUUGAGAAAAUUGAGCUUGCUCGUAAUAUGCCAUCUGCCAAAAGAAAGGAUUUUGGUUUUGUUACUUUUGAUACCCAUGAUAAUGCUGUUGCAUGUGCUGAAGGCAUCAACAAUGCAGAACUAGGUGAAGGUGAUAACAAGGUCAAAGUUAGGGCUAGAUUGUCAAGGCCUCAUCAAAAAAGUAGAGUGAAACGUGGUCUUCGAGGAAACUUUAGGAUUGGCCGUGGGGCUCCUCGAGGUGGUCGUGUGUUAUAUGGUCGUCCUCCACCUCGUAGGUUUCCAGCACAUCUGUCAAGACCAGUUGGUCGUGGGGCACCUAUUGGGAUGCAUGGAUUUAAGAGACCGAUGGGAUUUAGAGAUAGGCGUCCUGUUAUGGCCAUGCCAGAGCGAUCCAGGCGUUUUCCUCCCCCAGAGAGGUCAUAUGAGAGAAGGCCACCAGUUCCUGCAUACCCCAAGAGUAGUGCAAAGAGGGAUUAUGGUAGGCGCGAUGAGCUGCCGCCACCUCUUCCCAGAAGCAGAGCUGCUACUGAGUAUGGGUCCCGGGUUCCCACUGAGAAGCGUUCAUCCUACAGAGAUGAUUAUCCUUCCCGUGGGUCAGCCUAUUCUGAUAUUGCACCUCGUAGUGCUCCUCGAACUGCUGAUAGACGGGCCUACAUUGAUGAUGGUUAUGGAAGAAAACUUGAACGGCCUCUUCCGACCUACAGAGAAGGACGUAGUCGGGAUUAUGAUUCCAUUUCUGGUUCGAAACGUCCAUACUCGGAAUUGGAUGAUGCUUCUCGAUAUGCUGAUGUAAGCAUGCGUCAGUCAAGGGCUCGCUUGGAUUAUGGCGUUGGUGGUAGUAGUGCUCAAUAUGGUGAUGCUUAUGGCGAUAGGCUUGGGCGAUCUCAUAUGGGAUAUGGUAGCAGCCGUACCUCUCUUUCUAGUCAGGAUGGGCUAUAUGGCAGUCGUCAAGGCAUGAGCUAUGGUGGAGGUUCUGUUAGCAGCAGCGAUGUUGGUGGAAUGUACUCAUCAAGCUAUAGCAGCAGUUACCUGUCACGGGGAUCUGAUGUAGGUGGCAGCUCUUAUUCAUCCCUUUAUUCUGGCCGUAGUUUGAGUGGCAGUGGAUACCUAGGUGGUAGUGGGUCAGGUUCAUACUACUAAGCAAAUUGACAUGGUGUUUGUCAUAUACUGAAGUUUGAUUCUGCUGGGAAUCUGUAACUGUUGUUGUCUAAAGUCUACAUGGGGCUGGAAGUUGAGAAGUAAUUAGAUAGAAACAUGAGGGCAUAGAACAUGAGUACAUAUCUGUUCAUGGAUAUGGAAUUUCAAUGUCACUUCAACUAUGUUGGUUUAAUUUGCUUUGUGCCAUCAUGGCUUCAUCUUGGAAAGGCUUAUUUUCUUACUCUCUUGACCCCUUAGAUGGAGAUUUAUAUGAGAUAUCUUAGUGUGGUACAUUGCUUUGAUUUGUGGGGUGAGCUUUCUUGAUGUCUGUUACUGUAAAUUUCAAAUGACGGUCAAGGAAAUUUAUAGAAAUCUUGGAUGCAUAAAAGUCUUCACAUGGUUUGGUAGAAGUCAAACUGCACCUUCUCAAGACCUAAAAUUUUGCCGAUGGAUUACCAUAUUGAGAACAAUAAAGUUGUGUGAACCAGCAGUUGCGUGGAUAAACUUCAUAUUUAGGAGUCUUGUCAUGUCAUGAGUUUUUUUCCCAUUUGAGUGGCACAUGGCAACACCAAUCCGUUCUUCUUUUAGAUUUUAUUUAAGUUUGCAAUUCAUUUUCAGAUGUAACUGAAGGCAAAGAAGGAACAUUUCUUGAGAGUACUUGGUAAAUGGAUCAACUAUUCUGGAUGUUCCAUCAUUGUUGUGGGUCCUUCACUUUCAUUUCAUCAAUGCGGGAUUACCUUCAGAAGUAGCAUUAGAGCUUUUAAAAACAUUUUUAUUUCAUCUAAUCAGACAACAUGGAAUUGCAAAAUGAUAAUAUGGAUUUGAUAUUUAACCAAUCACCAGAUGAUUAGCCUGGUGCCAAGGCCUAGUUGCUGGUGUGCUUUCCAAGAUUUAUGUGUUCACAGCAAAGGGAAAGAUAAGGAAGAAGAGAAGGGUAGGAGAAACAAGAUAGGAUAUUUUGCUAUGAAUUUCAUUUUUGGUCUAACAUAAGAAGAAAAAACAGUGCAGGCCUCCCUAUUUGCACUUCUUUUCUCGAAGAUGUGAUGGUUUUGUUGAUGUAUCACUAUCACUGCCCUACCGACAUUUGGCAUGAUAUACCUUGCAUGAGGGCCAGAAAGUUUUAAUGUACACCACUGACUUGCCUGAACUAUUGACCUGAUAUAACUACCAUGGCUUUUGAAACCACCUAUCCGUACCUGCUUUUGCAGGCCUCACACAGCUAAUAUUUGGGCAUUCAGUUUUGGCUACUGAUAAUGUUAUGUAAACAGGAACUUGAUGGUGUAAGUUAAAGUUUAGAGUGAGAGGCUCCAUUUGUUGAUGUAUUUUGUGAUUGAAGGAUGGAUAUUAUGAAGUUGCAAGUAUGCAAAUAUUAUUUAUUUACUGUAUUUUAGGUCCUGUUUGGUUUGUUGUGAUGGACCCUAAAUAAAUGCCAAGUAAGGGGGUAAUUUAAUUUA